AUGGCCUCAGACCACCAGACACAGGCGGGCAAGCCCCAGCCCCUCAACCCCAAGAUCAUCAUCUUUGAACAGGAGAACUUCCAGGGUCACUCCCAUGAGCUCAGCGGGCCCUGCCCCAACCUCAAGGAGACUGGCAUGGAGAAGGCAGGCUCCAUCCUGGUGCAGGCUGGACCUUGGGUGGGCUAUGAGCAGGCCAAUUGCAAGGGCGAGCAGUUUGUGUUUGAAAAGGGCGAAUACCCACGCUGGGACUCUUGGACCAGCAGCCGGAGGACAGACUCCCUGAGCUCUCUGAGGCCCAUCAAAGUGGACAGCCAAGAGCACAAGAUCAUCCUGUAUGAGAACCCCAACUUUACUGGUAAGAAGAUGGAGAUUGUAGAUGAUGAUGUGCCCAGUUUCCACGCCCAUGGGUACCAGGAGAAGGUGUCUUCUGUGCGGGUGCAGAGCGGCACGUGGGUUGGGUACCAGUACCCUGGCUACCGUGGGCUGCAGUACCUGCUGGAGAAGGGGGAUUACAAGGACAACAGCGACUUCGGGGCCCCUCACCCCCAGGUACAGUCUGUGCGUCGCAUCCGUGACAUGCAGUGGCACCAGAGAGGCACCUUCCACCCCUCCAGCUAA